UUUUAAAUGUUGAUUGAGAAAUGGAAUUUUUAUUUAUUUCAAAUUUCAAUUAUGCAAUUACGAAUUACCACGUAUACGUUCUAUGAUUAGAAUUUUUUGGAUCAAAUUUCUUUUGUGUUGUUAAAUAUACUCUACUGUAGUAUUUUGUACCGUAUAUUACAAUGGAUAUUCCAUACAGAAAACUGUUUAUUUAUAUUUUAACUUUUGCUGCCUAUGCAUAUACUGGAAUCGGUUCUAGUUUAUUAAGAAAUUUAAAGGAUGCUGUCUUAUCAGCAGAAACUGUGUUUGGAGAUGUGUUUCGUAAUAUGAUUACCGUAGCUGAAAAGUUCAAAUCUAUACAUGAAGUUUUUGACGCAGCAGUUGAAGAAGAAUGUAUUUUUACAUGUCCAGGCGGACAAAAACCGAUUCGUAAUAAGAACCAUAUUCCAAAAUCUGAUGGUUGUGGAUCUUUAGGUUUUGAAAUUUCAUCAGAAUAUUUACCUAUUGAGCAAAUGACAAAAUGUUGUGAUACUCAUGAUAUUUGUUAUGAUUCAUGUAAUAGUGGCAAGGAAGUUUGUGAUUUGGAGUUCAAGAGAUGUCUUUACACUUACUGUGAUUCAUUUAAAAGUAUGAAUGUUGCCGCAGAUGCUGUAAUAAAAGGUUGCAAGGGAGCAGCUAAAUUGUUAUUUACAGGAACAUUAACACUUGGAUGCAAAUCAUAUCUGGAUGCACAGAAAAAUGCAUGUUACUGUCCUCCAGUCAAAAAUAAACAUAAAAAAUACAGUGGUGAUGGGGAAUUAUAAAUGAAUAGUUUUCAUGUUGUGUUUGUAGUAUUGAAACAAUCUGUGAUUUUAAGUGCUGGUACAAUUAUUUAUUGUAUGUUAUAAAAAUUUACAAACUAGUCAAAUGUAGGCAUCUUUUUAAUGUUAUAUUCUAUAUAGUCUGCAGGUAAAGGGUUUAUUAUUCAAAUUAGCACAUUGGCUCAAAAAAGCCUUUUCAGACCUAUGGGGCAAGGACCAACAUUAAAAAAAUUAUAAUGAUCAGAGUUCUUGAGUCAUAAAUGUUAAUUAACUUUGAAGCUCAAUAAGUGACUCAGUUCAAGUGCCAAGUGUGAGUGAGAAAAGUUAACUACGAUUUUUAUGACAUCUAUGAUGUUUCCUCUACUUUCACUAGAUGGCACUGUUUCAACACCAUACAAAUUGUAGUUAACCUUUAUGCAAUCGAACAGGUAAAACGCUUGGCACUAAUUUGUUCUUUACUUUUUCAGAAUAUAAUAUGAAAUCCAAUAUUGUGAUACAGGUUAAGUGUUAAAUAAAACAUAAUGUAACUUU